UCAUUGGCUAGCGGCAAAAUUUGAAAUACAACGCGGUGAAUGAAGCUGUGGCUGCGGAAGGAUGCGGACAACGAUACAAGAAGUUGGCUGCUAAAAAAAAAAGAAAGACCGCUAAACGUCGCCGAGAGGGUUUCACUGUCCAGCAUUUCUCCAGAGCAGAGACGGUAGGGUCUUAACUUAUAGCACAUCAUGGAGACUGCUGUGCUGAGCCUCCAGAGCUUAUAUGAUAAGCUGAGGACGCAAGUUGACCUCCUCAAUGAUAACAUUGAACCCAACUUCAUUCAGAUGGCUCAAAAUUUUGAUGAAUGCCGCCGCAAAUGGCUCAGGGCAGAGCAGGAACUCGGCUCUUGCAAAGAGAUUCUCACCAAAGCAGAGACAGAGAGGGGAGCCUUGGAGGUCAAACUGAAACAUGCCCGCAACCAAGUAGAUGUGGAGAUCCGGCGCAGACAAAAAGCUGAGGCUGACUGUGAGAAGUUGGACCGUCAAAUUCAGUUGAUUCGUGACCUCCUGACCAGCGAGGGAUCAUCCAACAGCAUCCAGCUGAGUGCAGAGCAGCGUUCAGCUCUGGCCUUCCUGAACACGAACUGUCAGGGAGGAGCCAACCUGAAUACCAGCCGAAGACUGACAACGAUAGAUGAGUCCGCCUCUAUCUUGUCGGAUAUCAGCUAUGACAAAACGGAUGACUCUCUUGACUGGGACUCCUCAACUGUGAGGACGGUGCGACUCAAGAAACGAGAAAAAAGGCGCUCCUCUUCGAGAAAUCUUGUGGAUGGUCCUCCACUUGCCUCCAAAAGGACACGAUCAACAGGCAUAAUUUCUGACAGGGGAAAUGAGACCCUUGUGACAAAGACCACAGUAACUGUCCCUGCAGAUGGAGGACCUGUUGAGGCGGUUUCCACCAUCGAGACAGUUCCUUACUGGACUCGCAGCAGGAGAAAGACUGCUGCCAUGGAGUGGGACUCUGAAUCUGUCAAGUCUGAGGAUGUCUUCAAGCAGCCUGGCUUCCCUGAGGGAGAGAUGAAAGCGCAGCCCAGCACUCCGCAGAGCACCGGAGGUGUCCGUCUUCAUGAGUUUGUCUCCAAAACUGUCAUUAAGCCUGAGUCCUGUGUGCCCUGUGGAAAGAGGAUCAAGUUUGGCAAGAUUUCUCUGAAGUGCCGUGACUGCAGAGUAGUCUCCCACCCCGAGUGUCGCGAGCGUUGCCCUCUGCCAUGCAUCCCCAAUCUGGGUGGCACACCAGUCAGAAUCGGGGAGGGCGUGCUUGCAGACUAUGUCCCUGACUCCUCACCCAUGAUCCCGCCUCUUGUGGUCCACUGCAUUGAUGAGAUUGAGAAAAGAGGCCUGCAUGAGGCUGGACUGUACCGUCUGUCUGGUGCAGAUCGCACAGUGAAGGAGCUGAAGGAGAAGUUUCUCCGCAGCAAAAACGUUCCCCUGCUGAGCAAGGUGGACGAUAUCCAUGCCAUCACAGGCCUCCUCAAGGACUUCCUGAGGAACCUCAAAGAACCUCUUCUCACCUUCCGCCUGAACCGUCCAUUCAUGGAGGCAGCCGAGGUUUCAGAUGACGACAACAGCAUAGCUCUUAUGUACCAAACCAUUAGUGACCUGCCACAGCCCAACAGAGACACACUGGCUUUCUUAGUCCUUCACCUCCAGAGAGUUGCUAUGAGUUUGGACACCAAGAUGGACAUCAGUAACCUGGCUCGAGUUUUUGGUCCAACUAUUGUGGGUCAUGCAGUUCCCAACCCAGACCCUAUGACAAUCCUGCAGGAUACCAAACGACAGCCUAAGGUCGUGGAGCGUCUGUUGGCUCUGCCGGCGGAUUACUGGGGCCAGUUUGUGACGGCAGAAAACGAGCAGCCGAACUUGGACCAUCUGAUCAUCGAGAACGCAAACUGCUACGCCACCCCUGAGAGAAUGAGCAUGCUGGGACCUCUGACCACUCCAGAGCACCAGCUCAAUAAAACUCCCUCCUCCAGCUCCUUGUCUCAACGUAUGAAGUCAACUCUAACACCCAGAUUUGGGAGCAAGAGCAAAUCAGCAGUCGGAUUCUCUCGCCAAGGAAAAUUCUUUGCCUCUCCGCUCCUCAAAUAAUCCAAAGCAGCUACAUGUAACUUUUAUUCAUACUGCAAUAACACAUAACAAGGUACAGCUAUAAACGCUUCCAUCUUAGUCUUCCUCUGUAUACUUAUAAUCAUUUUAAUAUUUCACAAUGGUAAGAGUUGACAAUUUUGUGUGUUUGUAAAAGGAUUUUAUUUCAUUUUUUAACCAAAUAGUAGGAUUUCCUAUCUAUGCACUAGUAUGUCUUUAGAAAGUGCUUUUGCUUAAUGUGUUAACACAACAUUCUCACUUCCUAUCAUAACAUGAGAAUGUACUGUGUGUUUACUCUUUUUGAGACGUGUGCUCGUAGAUGAAAAUAUGUACUGUAUAUGCAGUUUUAUUGUGACGUGCUCCUUAAUCUAAUCGUUUCUUUUGGCAGUUUUUCAACUCAUGUGUCACUCAGAAGUUGAAGAGCUCAUUCUUAGGCAUUUCAUUAUAGGUUGUAAUUGAAUGUAUGGCUGCUUUUAACAUUAUCCUUUUAGUUUUGAUGUUUGUAUUUCAUUUGUUUCUAUUCAGUUUUGAUUGUUUUCAUUCCCUAAAUUGUACUAGAAAUGUUUAUAAUCAUUUCAACUACGAACAGUAGUUACAAGACUUCAGUGGAAAGAUCUAUUAUUGGUGAUCAGUCUCUUGAAAAAGUGGACGAAGUUUUGAAAUCUUGCUGUCAUUCUGUUUUACACUGUGUCUUGCAUUGCCAGUGAUCAUCAGGAACAUUGUUCACUGGUUUAUGUCACAUGCUGUAAUCUCUGAUCAUUUUGAUCUUUGGGUGUUUAAAGCUCUGUGUGAUGUUUGUACCAUGGGAGGUUACUGACGUGCUGCUCUGUGCAAAAGGCAAUUACUUUGUAAGAUUAGCCAGUUCAGUUACUGUGGCAUUAUUUGAUUAAGUAUUAGCACAGAUUUUGUAUGCAAAUACACUCUUUAAAAUUCAUGUCACUUAUAAAAUACAUUUCUAACAUUUACAUAAA